AAAGAGCGGAAGAAGAAAAUAAUCGGAAAAUCCGAAAAUCUUGUAAGAAUAGAACAACACAGCAAAUGAAAGUACCCAGUCACAUCGUAACUAGACCUACGUUUUAUUUUUUGAAACAUCUGUGAAGAAAGAAUUGAUGAACUAGAAGCCUUUCAAGGAAGUGGAUUUGAAGUCCAGACGAAAUUUCAAAAUGGCUUCCGAGAAAGAGAGUCGCUUCCCUUCUGUUUUGUCCUCGGAAUCUAUCAGGGUCAUUGGGGAAACUAUUGGAGUGUCUGGACUUGCUGAUGAGGCAGCUUCUUUUUUGGCGGAGGAUAUCUCUUAUCGUCUAAAGCUUUUGGUGCAGGAAGCAGAAAAGUUGAAACAACAUGGCAAGAGAAGAAAGCUGCUUUGCUCAGACAUGGAUGCAGCACUGCAAAUGAAGAAUGUGGAACCCGUUUAUGGCCAUACAAACAAAGAUGGCUUCGUUCCUUUCCGACAUGCUAGCGGCGGGGGCAGAGAAAUUUUCUUCACAGAUGAGAAGGAGGUAGACCUACAGACAGUGCUUACCGAGCAGUCCUCCAAACUUCCCAUUGAUGUCUCUAUUAAAGCUCACUGGCUCAGUAUUGAUGGUGUUCAGCCGUCUCUGCCAGAGAAUCCUCCGCCGGCUAGUAAAGACUUGCAGAAACAGGAAAUCCUGGACACAACGCUGAAGGCGUCCACUGCUCGGCUUCACAAACGAGCACACCCAGAAGUGGGCAAACACAAACACCAUCACCACCACAAGCACAAAGACACAGUGAAGCUGAAAAACCUGACCACACAUGAGCUGUCUGUUGAGCAACAAUAUUACUACAAAGAAAUAACAGAAAGUUGUGUGGGACCAGAUGAGCUGAAAAGAUCAGAAGCCCUCCAGAGUCUCCAACAAGACCCGGGUCUGCACCAGAUGCUGCCCAGAUUCAUCGCGUUUGCCUCAGAGGGUGUCAAGAUCAAUGUGGUGCAGAACAACCUGGCCUUGCUCAUCUAUCUCAUGAGGAUGGUCAAGUCUCUCCUGGACAACCAGACCAUAUAUCUAGAUAAAUAUCUCCAUGACUUGCUGCCAACUGUGAUGACGUGUGUGGUGAGUCGACAGUUGUGCCUACGACCAGACAUGGACAACCACUGGGCCCUGCGGGAUUUUGCUGCGAGAUUAGUUGCACAAAUAUGCAGGAACUACAGCAACAACACCAACAACGUUCAGGCUCGCGUCACGAAAAAGUUCAGCAAAGCAAUCCAGAGCGAAACUGCCGCCCUAGCCACACAGUACGGGGCCAUUGCUGGUCUGGGGGAACUGGGCCCGGAGGUGAUCAAGUCAUGCUUGCUGCCUUACAUUUGCAUGCUGGGAGACAGGAUCAAGUCAGCGAACGAAGGCUCAGCCUUGAACAGCAUCGACAAGAUUGCUGCGGAACACAUAAAAAAACAGCUUAUGAAAUACCUGCCCAAUGUGCUGAAGUCCUUCCACAACAGCACCGAGACGGUGGACGAGUUCAACGUUGCCUACGGUUACCUGGGUCACAUGAUGUACUCCAUGUUCCUUCAGAAAGAGAAAAACCUGACAUCAUCAACGUCAUCAGUGCACACUCUGGCCACUCCCAGAUCUUUACAACUCACCCAGCGCCCAGCUCAGAUAGUCAUCCAGCAACCUCCCUCAACUCCUGGGGCAGCCUCCUCCUCAUUCCUCUCCGGGACCUCAUCGCUGGCUCCAGUCACCCCACGACCCCUGUCAUCUCUUCCCUCCCUCCCAUCCACUCCCACGGGCGUAUCGGCCCAAAAGUUUGUCAUCGUCUCCCAAGCUCGGCCAUCCACCCCGGCGGCCACCUCUCUCACCAGCACAUCUGUCAUGAAACUCGUGUCACAACCCCCAACGCCCAUCACCCCCACAAACUCCAUCACAACGUCGCAAAAGUUUGUUGUCAUUCAGGGCGGGCCGAAGUCGGAUGAGACCAGCUCCAGCACGAUCCGGACAAACAUUGUUACAGGCAUGUCAUUGCCUUCUUCCAUUCAGCCGCCAACUUCCACGACAUCAAAUAUUACCGGAAAAGAAUCUUUAUAGCACAAGAUGGAUACGGUUAUUGCUUAAACUAUUCUUACUAUGUGGAACGCCUUAUGUUUUGUCAUAUAUUUAAAGUCUAAGAGGAUGCAUUAAAUGAAGUAUUUGUCUCCUGAA